UCAUGGUAACAAUAAUGAUUACUAUUAUCUAUAGGCAAGAGGACCCAAGAAACACAUGAAAAGAAUUACAGCACCAAAGAGUUGGAUGCUCUCAAAAUUAGGAGGAAAUUGGACAACAAGACCAUCAUAAGGACCCCAUAAAUUAAGAGAAUCAAUCCCAUUAUCUAUUAUAUUGCAACAUAAACUUAAAUAUGCUUUGUAUGCAAGAGAUGUCUAAAUGAUUCUUGCUGAUAAGGAUGGUAAUAUUAAAGUUGACGGAAAAGUAAGAACUGACUUUGGAUAUCCAGUUGGUUUAUUAGGUAUAUAUAUAUAAUUAAUGACUCAGAUGUCAUUACAAUUGACAAAACAAGAGAAAGUUAUAGAGUAUUAUAUGAUGUCUCAGGAAAAUUCAUAUUAAAAUCAAUCAAACCAGAUGAAGCCAAAUUCAAGUUAGUCAAAGUAACAUAAAAGAAAGUUGGACCAAACAAUGUUCCUUAUAUUGUUACUAAUGAUGCUAGAACCAUUAGAUACCCAAAUCCUGAAAUUCAUGUUAAUGACACAUUAAAAAUUGAUUUAGAAACUGGAAAAGUUGUUGAUUUCUUAAAAGAAGAACCAGGUAAUAUAUAAAUAUAUAAUUUAUUAAGGAAAUUUAUGUUAUAUUAUUGGAGGUAAUAACAUUGGAAGAGUUGGUCUCAUUUAACAUAGAGAAAGACAUCUUGGAUCAUUUGAUAUUGUCCAUGUUAAAGUAUAAAUUAAUAAAGAUUUAUUAGGAUUCAAAUGGUAAACACUUCUCUACAAGAAUCAAUAAUAUCUUUACAAUUGGAAAAGGAAAGAAAUCCUUAAUUUCACUCCCAGAUGAUAAUGGUUUGUAUUUGACAGCUCUUGAAAAGAAAUAAGCUAGAGAACACCAAGAAGAAACCAAAUAAUAAUGAUC